AGCCAUUUCUGCUGAGAUGGUUGUUCCCUAGGACGAGCAGCACUCCUCCAGACCUGCCCUCCUUCCCUAUCUUUUUUCAGAACUUCCAGCCCCCAAAGCAAAGACACCCCUCUGCCAGGACGUCCUCCCAAGUUCUUGCCAGGAUGCGGCCGGACUCCUCAACUUCUCUCGCCACUCCUGCAGAGCUAAGCACUUUCAAUGCGGGCUCAGGAACGGCGCUGCACGUCCGAGCCGUACUGGAAGGACCCGGCCCCCCGUCGCCCUGACCACCUCCGACGGCGGGGGCGGCUCGCCUGCGGCCCGGGCCCGGAGCCCCGCUCCGCCUUAACUCCCGCUGCGGAAGCCCGCCUCGCCGCCACCCCGAGCUCGCUCCCGGGGCCUUCACCCUGGCCUCGGCCCGCCAGGCCGGGGCUCUCGGCCGCCGCACCGAGAAGCUCUGGAGGCCGCGCGUUCCCCUUGCAGGCCCAGCCUGGGCCUCUCUCGGCUCCGCUCCCCACACCGCACGCUCUGCCCGGCCGCGCUCUCUCCGGGCAGCUCCGACAGCUCGAGCGCAGGGCCCCGCACUUACUCGGGAAGCCACAGGAAAAGAAACUAAGAUACUAAAGAAAGCCCCCAAGGGAGAUUGGAAGCAUGAACUCAUUCCCAUUGACCAUUUCUUGAAUACCUGGAGCUUCUGUUGCUAUCUCAACUCUCAGAUCGGCCCAGCCAGUAAACUAAGAUGCUUGGACAUCAAGGACCAGCAAGCUCAGGCCACUUUAUCCCUUCGUUGGUUUGCUGAGCUUGUUCGGAGCCGGGCAUUGGGAGCGUAGGAGCUGGCAGAGUCCUCUUCGUAAGUGCCUAGCUUUUUCUGUAAACAUUUUGGUCUAGGCUACGACCUUGAAGCCACGUGUGAAGGAGCUGAGAAAGUCUCAGGCCAAAAGGCAAGAGCUUCAAAAAGAAAUAGCCAGUUACUCUCCCAACCCCGCAAGCAUAAAUCUAGAGGGGAUCAUACAAAGAGUACAGAUUCUUGACCUGGGCUCCCAGCCACCAGCCUUCCGACCUUGUCCUUGAACCAGUCAGAGCUCCAGUUCUCAGCCCAUGGUGGACUAAGGCAGUCUUCAAGCACCUGCUAAUUUUUAAUUUGGAGGGGGUGGGCAUGGACACAUGUGCACAUAGCAUGAAAGCCAGAGGCCAACUCAAGGGUCUUCCACUUUGCCUUUUUGAGACUUGUCCUCUCACUGGCUUGGGGCUCGCCAAGGAGGGUAGGCUGGCUGGCCAGCAGCCACCCGCCCUUCCAGUGCUAGGAUUACACAUGCGCACUACCACCCCUGUCUUUUUUUUUUUUUUUUUAACGUGGCUCCUGGAGGGAGAUUGAACUCAGGUCCUCCUGCUUGUGCAAAUGAGCACUUUACCCAACUGAGCUAUGUUCCUCAGUCCUAGUUUUUUAAAUUUCACUUUUAUUAUUUGGAUUAAGUAGGACUGCCCUUCACCUUUGCAAAAUUUAAACAAAUCUUAGACACAACAAAGCACUACUUGGUUCCAAGUUAAUCCCAGCUGAGCACAUAUCCUGGUUUGGCAGACACUGCCAGCUGCAUAGGAGGUGGGCAGAAGUCCCAGGAAAUGUCUGGAUACCACACAGCUAUGGAUGAACUGUCAACUGCUGGAGAUUGCUUUGCAAAUUGCCACAUCCUAAUGGAUCCGACAAAACGAUAUUUCAAAAGCGCAAUUAACACUGAUUCUUAGUAUAUUUGGAACCAAAAGGCAUUGGGGGUGGGGGCGGGCAUCUGGCUCAGCAGAAGAGUAUCCCUUCCAUCUGGGUUGAACAGUCCAAGGUGAAGGAGCUUAGAAACUACACUCCUCCUGGGCCCCCUUUCCCUGCCAUAUCCUGGUUUUUCUGAAACUCCAGGCAUAACUCUCAUUCCCCCAUUUCAUCUAAUUGGCUCUACUUCCCUUGCUUUGUUAAACUUCCAUCCAUACACUGAUGUAAGCCAUCCUCCCCCAUGUACCGGGUACAGAGGAUACACCUGGCUUAUAUCUGUUCACAAGUGAUUGGUAUAAAAUAUAUAUGAAAUACAUAUGGUGGUAGUAGUAGUGAUGUUGGUGAUGGAUGUAAUCUUGUUUCUGUAAGGCCACAGACCAACUGUCAUAUUUCUAAUAAUGGGUAUUGAUAGACCAGAGUAGAAUCAUCUCGAUAGCAUAAUAAUCCUGUAGUUUCAUGGGAACUGGCACUCAUGAGUCAGUCAAGACAACCCUUCCUUGUUCAUACAAAAGCCACCAUAUUGAAAUCUCUUCCAGAUUAGGAGCUGUGGCUCCAGACAGUCAGUGUCAGUGGGGAAAUACAUACAUACAUAUAUGUGCAGACAUAUAUGCACAUACAUAUCUACAUAUUUACAGAUAUCAAAACAGUAAACUGGGGAGUGACUGUGAUAGGAAAGUCGGUGAUAAAAAAUAAUUCUAGACAACUCCACAUUAGACAGGAGAACCCAGAGGGCAAGUCAGAGAACAAGGGACACAGGGACAUUCAGAAGGACAUAGAGUCCCAGAUAGUGGCACACAGCAAAAAUGAGAAAGUAAUCAUGUCUCCUGGUUCUACCACAUUCCAGAUCAGUCCGAGUUAAACGUCAUUCAGUGUCAAAAAGAUAAUAGAUGUCCUUGUAGUGUUGAAAUCAAGUUGAACCAUGUCAUGCCCCAGGGUAACCUGUGGGGGUUGGUUCUCUCCUUCUACCUAGUGGGUCCGGAGGAUUGAACUCAGGUCACCAAGUUUGGCAGCAAGCACCUUUACCAAUGAGUCCUGCUGCCAAGACACAAAUGCACAUUUCUGUAGACUUUAUCAUGCUUACAAGUUUUUUAAAAUAUUCCUUGGGGAGAGAGGGUGGG